AAUAAUAAAACUUAUCCUGAUAGCAGAGGCUACUUGUUGCGCUCCCACAAUAACACACAAAGACAUUAUGACAUGUUGAUUUUUGGUAUCAGCACCAUAGAAAUUCCGUUUUCUUUGACCUGACCCUUCCUUUCCCUUAGUUUUCUGUUUCCAAAGCAAAUUCAAGUCCGGGGCCAGGGAUUGAGUGAAUUGCGAAAAACACAACGAUUUCAAUCCAAGCAUAGAUAAGAAGAAGAAGCUGAAGCACACAGGGAUCAAAGCAAAAGAGGAAUCCACCAUGGAGAAGAAGAUGAAUCAUAAGAGCAAGAGUAUUCAAGACAUACUUCCUCUUGACCUGAUUCACAGAAUCCUACUGCGGGUGCCGGUCAGACAUCUCGCUAGCCUCAAGUGCGUUUCGAAGCGGUGGUACUCUCUAAUUUCCGAUCCACUCUUUGCUGAAUUGCAUUUUCACCACUCUCCCGCUGCCACCAAAGCAUCCGUCUUCAUGGGAGGAGGCAGUCUGGCUUACUUCGUUUACUUAGACUCGCUAUUUACUGACAACAAUGAUGCAUUACAAGUAAAAAAGGUGUCUCUCCCUUUCAAGAUGAAAAAACUACCUUCUGAUUUUGAGUUCCUGGGAUCCUGCAGAGGCUUUGUUCUCUUACAUCGAGACCCACAUUUUCUUGUAGUAUGGAACCCACUGACUGGAUCCGGCAAAAGAAUAUCCUACUCUCAUAUUGUUUCUCGUUUUAAGCACAAGGGCUUUAGGCUUCCUUGCAAGUUCCAUCUCUAUGGAUUUGGUUAUGAUGCUUCCCAGGAUGACUACUUAGUUUUUGUAGCUUGGCAGGAUAAGGAUGACCAUUAUCACUUUGAUUGCUUUUCCUUGAGAACCAAUUCAUGGAUUAAUCUUGAUGCUGCACUCUCCAAGCCCUUGGAUGUUUGUCACCGCAAUUCUUGUGGGUUGUUCUUGAAUGGUGCUAUUCAUUGGGUGCCUUACUCUCUUACAACUUACAGGGAUGCUAUUAUUAUCUUUGAUAUGAAGGAGAGGACUUUCUCAAGGAUAUCUGGGCCGGAACAACCUGUAAUGAGUGCAUGCACCUUUCCAACUCUUGCCUUACUAGGAGGCUGCCUAGCCUUGUAUUAUUGCAAUAAUGAUAGCUGUAACACUCACAUAUGGGUGAUGAAAGAAUAUAAAGUGCUGUCGUCUUGGACGCUCUAUCAGAUUCCUUGCAAGGACUUCCGGCCUCUGUGCUUAUCUAGUAAUAUGGAUAUUAUUGGAAGAGGUUAUACUUUGUGUGGUACAGUAGGGUACUUCAUAUAUAAUGUCAGAGAAGACCUGCUCAAGCAUUUUAAUGAUCGUUAUUGUUGGCUUCCACUCCGAACAAUAGAUCCUGUGUAUACAGAGAGUCUCUUGCCACUCCCUGAUGACAUUAAGGAAAAGGAUAAGAAGAAGAAUAUGAAAAAAAGCGGUGAUAGGGCGCCGAGCUUGACUACCGCCGGUUUGAAGGGUUAUUUUAACAAGAGGAAGAGAGCCGAGAACCAAGGCUCUUCAACAAACGCAGAUAAAGAAGGAAAGGUUUUAGCAGAAAAGGUUGCAGCGCUGGAGAAGGAUGUUGAGAAAACUAACCUGGAGAAGGAAAAGUUGGUGGCUCAGGUGAAGGAGUUGGAGUCUUUGUUAUCUGCCAAGGAGGCAGAUGUGUGUGAAGUGUUUAUACAAGGUUUUGACCGUGCAGUUCUGCAGAUUAAGACUUUGUUGCCAGAGGCCGAUGUGAGUGCAAUGGAUGUGACGAAGGUUGCCUUGAACGGUGAAUUGGUAGAUGGUGAAGUGUUGGAGGAGGCAGUAGAUGAAAAUGCUGCGCAGCAGCAGGGUGAUGAAGUUGUACGAGUUUGAUUUGCUUAGUUAAAUAGUUUGUUUUGUUU